CAACGAACAUCUACCACUUGAUCGCAAAGCACCUCUUCUUCUUUCCACCAUCGCCAUCGAUCACAUCGCCGACGUCCAGAACAUUUUCUCCCCUCUCACUGCUUCACACUCACAGAAACCGCCAGGAUGGGGCUCGAGGCGACGAUGAUCGUGGUGGACAACAGCGAGAGCAGCAGAAACGGCGACUAUGUUCCCUCACGAUGGGAAGCGCAGGUCGAUGCCACAAAUCUCAUUUUCCACAACAAGACCAACGCGAACCCCGAAUCGUCCGUUGGCCUGAUGAGCAUGGGCGGCAAUGGGCCCGAAGUCCUCACCACCCUCACUACCAACCACGGCAAAGUGCUCGAUGGCCUACACCGCACUCGCGUCAAGGGACAGUCACACCUCUACACCGGCAUCAUGAUUGCAUCCCUCGCACUCAAACACAGGCAGAACAAGUCGCAACGUCAGCGAAUCAUCGUCUUCACAUGUUCACCCAUCGCCGACUCAUCGAGCACCCUGACCAAACUCGCCAAACGGAUGAAGAAGAACAACACCAGCGUUGACAUCAUCGCGUUCGGCGAUCUCACAGACGAGAACCUGGAGAAGCUACGGGCCUUCAACGAAGCUGUGAAAUCGAACGACGGCUCACAUCUCGAAAUCAUCCCUCCCGGAGCCGAACUAUUGUCAGAAGUCAUCAAGAAAUCGCCAAUUCUGGAGGGUGAAGAUGGCGGAGCGGCGACGAAUGGAGGAGGCGCAGACGGGGCCGCCGGCAACGAUUUCGAAUUCGGAGUGGACCCGAAUCUGGAUCCCGAGCUGGCGCUUGUGCUGAGGAUGAGUAUGGAGGAGGAGAAAGAGCGGCAAGAGCGAGAGAAGAAGGCGAGAGAAGAGGCAGAGGGAAAGACCAAUCUCGAGAGCGUGCCGGAGGAUCAAAAGGGCGAGGCGAGCGAGAGCCAGCCUCUGCUGGACAGCAGCGGCGAGCCGAGCGGGUCGAAGAGCAACGACAAGAAGGAUGACGACAAGAUGGACACUGCAUGAGUGUAAUCAAUGAUCGGCGGCACGAUACGCACAGGCUGUACUAUAUCACAUAGAAAGCAGAGACGCCACUCGCGUAUGCUUACGGUUCAUGCGAGCGAGCGGAAGUCCCCGGGUGAAGGUUAGGCGACAGAGAUCAGAUAGCUCCGACAUGAAUUCACGAGGAUGGCCCACACCGUGAAAGUAGUUCGCAGAAAGGGAAGUCGACGAGAAGAUUGCGCGAGCGAACUCGCGAGCAAUAGCGAUAUCU